AUGAUCCAUUCAUCGUUUUCAUGUUUCCCAGGAGAUGUUGGUAAAACUGGAAGUGUUGGCCCCCAGGGUCCUCCCGGACCACAAGGAGAGAAGGGAAAGGGACUGUCUGGGGUGAAAUACGUUCGCUGGGGAAGGACCAACUGCUCUGGAAAUGCUACGACGGUGUACAGUGGUAAGGGUGGAUAUUUGUUUAUUCAUUUAAUAAAUUGCGUCAAAAUGUAUGUCAUAUGCAUCGAAGAGAUCAUUUUAAGAAUAACUUACUUUCAUUCAUUUGCCAAAAAUCAUAUGACAUGAAAGAAAUAGCUUUGAUCUGCCUCAACUUGGAUCAAGUUAUAAGAAUUACAGUCGACUCUCUCCUAAUGGACACCCUGGUAAAACGAACCCCUAGAGUUAGCCACUACCUUUACAUACUCCUUUUUUACUCUCUGUAAGACGAACACCACGCUUUAUCUGUAUGUCCAUUCGGCCAUCCUUAAAGAAAUGAUGGCAAGGCUUGAGAGAGGAUAUAGAUUACUGGCUGUCUUCAACUUCUCUUCAAUAACAUCCACUCGCGCAAUGUUAAUGGUCUUAAUGUCAUGGUGGGAUCGAAACCCACCAACCAUGAGCGAAGUUUGUGAUACACCAAUCACUAACAACCACGGUGGUACAAAUAGUUCGACUCAGUAAAUCGCCACUAUCGCCUGAUGAGGACCUGCAGUGUGCGGUCGAAACGUCGCGAUCAAUACCAAAGUGACAAUCGUGAGACAAACGAUAAAAACUAAGCCUUAAUAGUACUUUUUUCGCUACUUGAACAGCGUCUGCAAAGCUUGUUUCAAGCCUUUAAUUGCUUAGCCAGAAAUGAUCUCUCAAACGUCAAAUUUGCAUUUAUAAUAGGUCAUAUUAUGUUUACCUCUCACUUCUUAUUAGGUAGAAUAGGUGGAGGGCAUUAUACUCACCGUGGAGGCGGAGUAAACUAUCUGUGCCUUCCAAACACUCCAAAGUACGACAAAUACAAAGCAGGCAAUCAGGGUACAGCAUGGGUGUACGGCGCCGAGUACGAAGUGUCACUGUCUAACCCUUUUGAGGAAAAUCUCCAUGAUCACGACGCACCUUGUGCCGUCUGCUUUGUCGAGUCACGUGGUUCGAUGCUAAUGAUACCAGCACGGAACGACUGUCCCAGUGAAUGGACAGAGGAGUAUCAUGGGUACCUGAUGACUGAACAUUAUAAUCACAAUGGUCAAAAAGAUUUCAUCUGCGUUGACAAAGAUGCUGAGUAUAUCCCUGGCAGCCAAGCGAACCUGAAUGGUGCAUUGUUGUACCCGGUGGAGGGACAUUGUGGCACAUUACCGUGUGGUCCAUAUGUUCAAGGUCAAGAGUUCACUUGCGCUGUGUGCACCAAGUGA